AUUUGGGAGGGUAGUAUAAGUAGUGGUAUAUAACAUCCACAGGCUGAUCAUAUACUCCGUAGUAAUUCAGUUCGGCAUCAUCAUCAUCAAUGGAUACCGAAAGUGUUGGAAAUGGUAAGAGAGUUCUGAUUUUCCCAUUUGUGGCCAUGGGACAUAUCACUCCCUUCUUUGAGUUGGCCAAGAAACUCUCCCAAAGAGGCUUUCAUGUCUACCUUCUCUCCACUCCCAUCAACCUUACUUUCAUACAUAACACCCACUCUUCAAUCCACCUUGUGGAGCUUCACUUGCCGGAAUCCCCGGAACUCCCGCCUCACCGCCACACCACCAACGGCCUCCCGCCCCAUCUCAACGACACCCUCCAAAAUGCCCUCAAGUCGUCCGAACCCGCCUUUUCCGACGUCGUGGCCACCCUGAGACCCCACUUGCUCAUCUACGACGUCCUCAACCCGUGGGCAGCACGGGUAGCCGAGUCGCACAGUGUUCCCGCUGUGCGACUCUUCACUAUCGGUGCUGCCGCGAGUUCGUACUUGAUCCACCGUUUGUUCCGGGAGAAGGAAGAGUACCCCUUUCCAGAACUCACGUUGAGCACCUACGACCGAGAGAGGCUUCAUAAGUUGUUGGAAAGAAGGAGAAGCGCGUCGAAGGACACUACCGUAGACAGAAAUUUGUGUGUGUUCAUUGCCUCCAGAGAAAUGGAGGGAAAAUAUAUGGACUAUAUAAGUGAGUUGUUCGGAGGUCGCAAGGUAUUGCUGCUUGGGUUGCUGGUUCGCCCGGAGCAAGACGACAACGACCGUUUCAAGGCGAUCAUGGAAUGGUUAGGAAAGAAGGAGGAGAACUCGACGGUGUACGUUUCUUUCGGGAGCGAGUGUUUUCUAUCUGAUGAGGAAAUACAAGAAAUGGCAUAUGGGUUAGAGGAAAGUAGAGUGAAUUUCGUAUGGGUGGUUAGGUUUCCAAAUGGUGAAGAAAAGAAUCUUGAGAUGGCAUUGCCAAAGGGUUUUCUUGAUAGGGUUGGGGGUAGGGGGAGAGUGGUGGAAGGGUGGGCUCCGCAGGCGAGGAUUCUGUCGCACCCAAGCGUGGGAGGGUUCGUGAGCCACUGCGGGUGGAACUCGGUCAUGGAGAGCGUUGUGCGUGGCGUGCCUAUCAUAGCACUACCCAUGCAAUUUGAUCAACCCGUGAACGCCAAGUUGGUUGUGAAGAUUGGGGUGGGUGUCGAGGUUGUUAGGGAUGACCACACCGGGAAGUUUCGCCGCGAAGAUGUGGCGAAAUCGGUCGGUGACGUCAUUCGCGGAAAAGUGGGGGAUACUCUAAGAAAAAGUGUCAAAGUGAUGGGGGAAAAUGUGAGGACCAAAAGCUUAAAAGAGAUGGAUGAAGCCAUGGGCUUGAUGGCACACAUUUGUCGGCAUGAGAUGCAAUAAUACAUAGUAUUAUUGCUCCAAUUGGUUGUUGUUUGAAUUCACUCCACAUUUAUGGUAGUUCGUACGUGUUUUCAAUUAUGUGGACAGAGUCCUCUUUGACUUAUUUCUUGAUUGUGAAAUCUAUAGCAAAGAAAAAAUGCUCUAAUCC